GUCCCCAGCUCCGGGGGGGGGGGGGGGGGGCGCGGGUAUCCUGGUCAAGUAGGGGUAGGCUGGUAUGGAGGUGGAGCUGAGUUUCAAAGCCUCAGAUCUUAGAUUGAGGAUCUGACACAAGCGGUUUGUAAGUCACAUGGAAACAAGAGCAAGACAGUGGCAUAAAUGAGUCAGUAUAGGAGUGGUGGCAGCCUUCAGGAUGAGGCCUCCUUAGAGCAACGCCCAAGGACCUCAGACCCUUUCUACAACAGAAAUUCCUCCGGGUCCAAAGUUGAGUUACAACAAAAAGGAGGCAGCCACAGCUCUCAGCCUCACCAGGGCCUGGCUCCUGGGGAUCCAGCAUCAUGAAGGUGUCUCUACUAAAGGAGCUUUGGACCACCAUCCAGGAUGAGGUGUUGAUGAUCCAGGAGGCCAAGAGAGAAUGCCGGGGAACAUGGUACCUCCCGGCAGGAAGAAUGGAACCAGGGGAGACCAUCGUGGAGGCCAUGCAGCGGGAGGUGAAGGAGGAGGCUGGGCUGCUCUGUGAGCCAGUGACACUGCUGUCUGUGGAGGAGAGGGGUGCCUCUUGGAUCCGUUUUGUAUUCCUUGCUCGACCAACAGGUGGAGUUCUCAAGACUUCCAAGAAUGCUGAUUCUGAGUCCCUACAGGCUGGCUGGUACCCACGGGUCUCCCUGCCCACACCGCUUAGAGCUCAUGAUGUUGUGCACCUGGUAGAGCUAGGUGCCAAAUUCUGCCAACAAGCCACACACCCUCUCAUUCUGCCUCAAGAGCUUCCCUGCAAUAUGGUCUGCCAGCGGCUGGUGGCCACCUUUACAACAGUUCAGUCAGUGUGGGUGUUGGUGGGUACAGUGGGGACACCUCACUUGCCCAUCACUGCCUGUGGCUUUACCCCUAUGGAACAAAGAGGUGGCAUCAAGGUGGCCAUCUUGAGGCUACUACAAGAGUGUCUGACUCUGCACAGUUUGGCAGUGGAGACCAAGGGGUUGCUUGGGCUGCAACAUCUCGGCAGAGACCACGUGGAUGGUAUCUGCCUGAAUGUGCUGGUGACAGUGGCUUUUCGGAACCCAGGAAUCCAAGAUGAGCCCCCAAAGAUUCGGGGGGAAAACUACUUUUGGUGGAAGGUACUGGAGGAAGACUUACAAAAACAGCUUCUACACAGACUCCAGGAAUCUUCUGUUGUCCCCCUGACCAGAUAGAUACCAGCAGUGACCAAAAGCUGAGCAGCCACCCUCCCUCUGAGGCAGUGAAGAGACUGGCAGUCAGGGGUCUCAUUGCACAUUACUCAGGUACAGGAACUACACAUUGAGCCCAAAGGGAGGGUGCCAUGAAUCCAGUCAUUCUGAGGGCACACGAUGCUUCUCUUUAAGUUUGAAAGGAGCUUUUCGAACCGUAAAUGGCACCAUCUUCUCUGUCCACUUUGGAAAAGGCCGCAUGUCAAUCCUUCCAACCCCACAGCAAUGUAGAGGGGGAUGGGACAAGGGGGAUGCAUCCCUCAGGGCAGAGUCCUCAUUGCUGAGUAAAAAGGUGUUGCUUAA